AUGCCCGAGGAGAAAAGUGCGGGCUCAGCUUGCCUAACAUCACACAGCCCUGCCGAGGAUGGUAAGACUGAAGAGUCUUCGGCCAUUAAUGAGCCCGCGUAUGCUCUUUUGCUUCCCAACGAGAACUAUGACCGCGAGUUGGCUUUAAAUGAGCGUGAGGAGAAAUGGGGGUUCACCCUUGCGGAGCUUCAAUGCGCAACCAAGGUAGUUAGCAGGUUGUUCCGUGACCCCUCUCUUUUUGUUGGGGAUCCCUACCUCGCUGAUAGCCGCUUGUACAUCAUGAUUACCCGUGACCGCAAAACAAAGCGAGAGCAUCGUGAAGUGUACAAGACCAUCAUGAAUGAAGAGAAAAGCCGACGAAAACGAUAUGAGCGGAUGAAGGAUGUAGAGACAAUCAAUCGCACCGGCAUGAAACGCGAGCGGGUCGAAGCGUUGAACAUCCUUACACGUCCUGAUGUUGAGAGCGAUUCAUCGCCACUUCUUCUAUGUGAGGGGCAAAACUUUCAGGAUAACCUUGCGCAAUUUCCGAAUCCGAAAGGCGGUGCAUUAAACGAUCCAGUCAAACUAGAUGAUCUUUCCAAGGAAGGCCAUAAGCAAACUGACGACAAGGGGUUGGCUACGACUGAAAUAGAACUACUUCGUCUGAUUGGCGCCUUUGAGAACUUGCUACGGCUUGAGCAGGUUCUCCGCGGGGAGCCCAUCGACCACCCAUCGGCGUCGCCAAGCUUUCCACAAAGCACCUCGGCUGCAUCACCUCAAUCAAACGAUGCCGUAACCCUAUCGAGGGCCGAACUAGCAGCUCGUGCUUCUCAUACCCCUACGGACGGUAACAGUGUAAACCCUCAGUCUGGGAAGGUUCCAUGCGCGAAUCACGACGGCUUCUCUUCGCCCUCUACAAGAGGAGACGCACCUAGCGUCGCAUGCGUGGCCCCGGGCUCACCAGCGGCUUCCAAGGUCAACUCCCAGGAGGUGGAUUGGGUGGCCGCGACCCAGCUUACGGCACAGGUGUAUCGAUACCUCCCCCAUGCGUUUGGCUCACAAAUGCCGCCAGCCCUCUUCCCAGGGCCUGUGCCGCGUUCCCUUUGCGAAAGGGAACGGUGUAGUUACAUCAGCGGGUUUAAGCUGGCUAUAGCGCGCCAGCUCCUGGUGCGGGAAGACCUCAAAAAGGGUGGGGACCGUCCCGAUGCCGCCGAUACCGUAUCUUCAACUCGCAUCGAGGCGUGCAACUUGGCUCAAUUUCUUCACUCUGCCGCCGAGUGCGACGUUAUUGUGCACGAUUUGUCGGCGCCCGUUAGACUGGAUCGGGUGGAAUUUCUACGGGACUUGGUAGCAAGCAGCAACCGUGGCCAACCUGGUUGUGAAGAGACUCAAUGGCAAGCUAGUUGCAGCAUUUGUGGCGACGCACAAUGGCUCUUGGAUGCUAUCGAGUUAGCCAUGACGGAGGGAAGUGGGGAUACCAUGCGCCAAUCCACAUUGGAGUCAUCUUCAGGCCUUCCAUUCUCUACCUCCAAGCUCUUUGCCAAGCAAACCCUAAAUCUUUUCAUCGCCCGACGCUUGUACUGCAAUGAGAAUCUGCUGAGAUUCGGUAGUUCCCCGAUUGUAAUCGAGCGUAACGCACCCAUCUCAGACUCAGAAGAGCCGGAUUGUUGGUCUAUCUUUGAUGACGUCCAGCAGUAUGCCUGCACACGGCAUGAUAACCUUAAACUUAGCCGUUUCAGAAGCUGCAGCACGUGCAGAGUCCGCUUUAAUGACCUGCACCCAUAUUACUACAGCAUGUGCCAUCUUUGUGGAGAGUUUAACUAUAAUAAGCGGCUCUUAGCACGGGAUCUACGGGGUAAGGUGGUGCUUCUGACCGGCUGUCGGAUUAAGAUUGGCUAUGCCAUGGCACUUUCUCUGUUGCGCUGUGGUGCUGUCGUGCUAGGGACGACGCGUUUUGUUCACGAAGCGGUCGCGCGAUUCCAACAGGAAGUCGAUUAUGAGACAUGGAAGGAUCGACUUUACCUGUUUUCCCUGGAUUUGCGAGAUCUAUGGGUGGUGACUCAGUUUUGUGGUUUUGUUCGGCAGCGCUAUCCUAAGUUGUUUGCGAUCAUCAACAACGCAGCGCAGACCAUCGCGCGCACACCGCAGUACACAGCCCAUCUCCGUCAGAUCGAGGCGGAUCCUUCGCCGGAUCUACGACGAGUCAUCGAAGCUGAUCGUAAUUCAAGGGAGUGGUUUUCCUUUUUCCUUGCCCACUCUACCGUCAUGGUAGGGCAGCCGCUGACGAUUGAGCAUCACCCCCGCAGUAAUCCCUAUUUAUUCCUGACGGCUUCAUCUGAAGAGACGGCUCAAGGGGCAAGCCUUGAGAGCUCCUCUCCUGAGCUACGUGAGGCUACAGGGGAGAACUCGCAAAAUAAUCUAUCUCUCGUUGCUGAGCAGACAGUUUCCUCAAACGUUGUGUCUGACCGAACGCUUAUUUUCGACCGCUACGAUACGCAGGCUGAAGAAAGCGAUAACCGUGAAACCAAUUCAUGGGUUAUGAAGCUUGCAGAGGUGCAGGGAAGUGAGGCGGCUGAGGUGAUGACUAUUAAUGCCCUGUCACCCUUCAUCCUCAACAGCAAGCUAAAGCCCUGUCUUACAAAUCGUGAGGGUGACGACGAGGUUUCUUCUGUGCAGCCCGAACCUCGUUUUAUCAUUAAUGUCUCAGCCAUGGAGGGUCAGUUCUACCGCUUCAAGCAGACCACACACCCGCAUACGAACAUGGCCAAGGCGGCGUUGAACAUGAUGACUCGCACCAGUGCUGAGGAUUACGCUAAGGAUGGAAUUUACAUGAACUCUGUAGAUACCGGUUGGAUAACCGACGAAUCUCCUAAAAUUCAACGGGAGCGUCGUUCUGAUACCUUUUCUUUAUGCCCACUGGAUGAGGUGGAUGCUGCGGCUCGCUGUCUAGAUCUUAUCUACACCAAUAGCACCGCAUACGGCACCUUUUUUAAGGAUUAUCGAGAAAUCCCUUGGUAG